CCAUCCGCGCGAGUGGCCAGGAGGAGCGAUGCUGCGGUUGCGCCAUCUGUUAGGAGCCUGGGCGGCGGCGGCCGUGCUGAUGGGAGGGGAGGAGACAGACUGAGGCGGUUUUUCUCGGAGCUGAAGGGAGAGGCGGAAACCGAGCCCCGUCGCGCGAGUCCCUCUUCCUUCGGGCAGCCGUGCUCCAGACAAAGCUGCCGCCCCCUUCCUUGCUGGUCUUGGCGCCCUGCAGCUGCCAAGGCGGGGGCUUGUCGUCUGCCUCCCCGCUCCCUCCCCCGUCCUUAUUUCGGUCCUUGUCUAGUAAUCCUAGGGCUUGGCUGGGAGCAGGCAGAGGGCGAGGGAUCAUUCGGAGCGCGCCCUGGAGAAGCGCUGGGACCGCCGCCCUCAGGACCCCGCAGAGAGCGAGCGCGAGGGGCGGGGGCUCGUCCGCGCGAAGGUGGCUCUGCAGACCCCGCAGUCCUGCCGCACUUCAGGGCUAAGUUUUACAGAAGUACUUGAAAAAAUGUGCUGAAUAAAAGCUUGCUGUGCUUACUGGGGUGAAAUUCUGAGAUACAAGAAGCAGCAAUUGAGAAAUCAAGAAGGAAUUCAAGAGGAAAAUCUACUUGAUGAGGACUCCGGUAACUCAACAGAUCCACUGCAGUUCCGUGGGACGCCGUCGUGCGGUCAGAACCGAAGUUUGCCAGCUGGCCAAACUGGGCCAGGGUACACCUGUCCAGGAAGAUGCCGAUGUCCUUCCACCGCCGCCACCUGUCGGUGGGGUAGCAGCUGAGGACGAGCCCCCAGGAUUUUAGAUAAUGGGCUGUGUGCAAUGUAAGGAUAAAGAAGCAACAAAACUGACAGAUGAGAGAGAUGGCAGCUUAAACCAGAGUUCAGGUUAUCGUUAUGGGACAGAUCCAACUCCACAGCAUUAUCCAAGUAUUGGUGUGACUUCAAUUCCAAACUACAACAACUUCACUGCAGCUGGAGGACAGGGAUUGACGGUCUUUGGUGGUGUCAACUCCUCAUCACAUACUGGCACCCUGCGCACAAGAGGAGGAACAGGUGUAACUCUUUUUGUGGCUCUAUAUGAUUAUGAAGCAAGAACAGAAGAUGACUUAAGUUUUCAUAAAGGAGAAAAAUUUCAAAUACUUAACAGCUCGGAAGGAGACUGGUGGGAAGCACGUUCCUUGACCACAGGAGAAACUGGUUAUAUUCCCAGUAAUUAUGUGGCUCCAGUCGACUCUAUCCAAGCAGAGGAGUGGUACUUUGGCAAGCUUGGACGAAAGGACGCUGAGAGGCAACUGCUUUCAUUUGGCAACCCCCGAGGGACCUUCCUGAUUCGAGAGAGUGAAACCACCAAAGGUGCCUAUUCAUUAUCUAUUCGUGACUGGGAUGAUAUGAAAGGAGAUCAUGUCAAACAUUAUAAAAUUCGUAAACUCGACAAUGGUGGAUAUUACAUUACAACUAGGGCACAAUUUGAAACACUUCAGCAACUUGUUCAGCAUUAUUCAGAGAGAGCUGCAGGUCUUUGCUGCCGCUUAGUAGUCCCUUGUCAUAAAGGAAUGCCAAGGCUUACUGAUCUGUCUGUCAAAACCAAAGAUGUCUGGGAAAUUCCACGAGAAUCACUACAGUUGAUCAAGAGACUGGGAAAUGGGCAGUUUGGGGAAGUAUGGAUGGGUACUUGGAAUGGAAAUACUAAGGUGGCAAUAAAGACACUGAAGCCAGGUACAAUGUCCCCAGAAUCAUUCCUUGAGGAGGCACAAAUUAUGAAAAAGCUGAAGCAUGACAAACUUGUCCAGCUUUAUGCUGUGGUAUCUGAAGAACCCAUCUACAUAGUCACAGAAUACAUGAGUAAAGGAAGCUUGCUAGAUUUCUUAAAGGAUGGAGAAGGAAGAGCCCUGAAAUUGCCAAACUUGGUGGACAUGGCAGCACAGGUUGCUGCAGGCAUGGCUUAUAUUGAGAGAAUGAAUUAUAUACACAGAGAUCUACGAUCUGCAAACAUCCUGGUGGGAAAUAGUCUAAUAUGCAAGAUUGCUGAUUUUGGAUUAGCAAGAUUAAUUGAAGACAAUGAAUAUACAGCCAGACAAGGUGCAAAGUUCCCCAUUAAAUGGACUGCGCCAGAAGCAGCUUUAUAUGGAAGGUUUACAAUAAAAUCCGAUGUCUGGUCCUUUGGAAUAUUACUGACAGAAUUAGUAACAAAAGGAAGAGUGCCAUAUCCAGGUAUGAAUAACCGUGAAGUCCUGGAGCAAGUAGAACGGGGUUAUAGAAUGCCAUGCCCUCAGGAUUGUCCCAUCUCUCUGCAUGAGCUCAUGAUUCACUGCUGGAAAAAAGACCCAGAGGAACGUCCAACUUUUGAGUACUUGCAGGGUUUCCUUGAAGACUACUUUACUGCAACUGAACCACAGUACCAGCCAGGUGACAACCUGUAAAUAUUUGGUCUGUGCAGACUUCCAUUAUCAGGUAUCCCACUCGCCGCUGACACAUGGUGACUAGCUGUUCCCAAAAUCAGCAUCUUAAAGCACCAGGAUGUGCUGGAGCCUGAAGACAAGACCUUCUAACUACCUGCCCAAAAGAUCUGAAUGUCUUCUCUGAACAGAAAGUGAACAUUUGGUUUUGUUCUUAAUCAAAGACUCUGAACCUGCAAUGUUUUGAUGUUAUGUACACUGCAAAAUCUUUGUUCAGUGUAAAUAGUAAUUCAGUGCCAAUAACUGAUUCUAGUGCUUUCCUUUUUUAAAAAAAUAAUGCAAAACGAUGUGAUUUUAACUAGUCUUUUCCUGAUUCACCUAAAAGUAUUAUUUUCCAAAAGUGGCCUCUCUUUCUCUACAUUUUUUCAUGUUUUAACAAAAUAAAAUCAGGACUAGUGUCCAGGUUUUAUUUUUUUUUUGUUCUGUUCGUUUUUUAUAUAUAAAAUAUAUGUAAAAAUAUUCAUACUUGUAUAUACUAGUCAGUGGGUGCUAUCGCAGAGAAAAUUCAUUUCAAAAACUGAUUAGCCAUGCUGCAAAAGCACCUGGGCGGUGGGUACUAAUUUCACUGUAGACCUGAAACACUGGUAAAAUUCUGAAAGCCAGUGAAUUUUUGACUUUUGCCAAGCAUGACUUUUUUAAUUGGAUUGCACUUUUUGGUUUGACUAUAUUACCUGUAGGUCGUCGUAACUUUUGAUCUUUCAGAAAUUAUGUGCAGAGUUUCCAGCAACAUUUGACAACUGCGUGAAUUGAUUUUGUGAUCAAGAUUAAAACAAACUAUUAAAGCAAGAAAACACAGUUACCCAUUUGGACUGGAAGGUUAAAACUGCAAGUACUUUCUUGUAUUAAAAUAUGUAUGCUGAAAAUUUUCAGAUUUUUUUAAUUUAAUAAAUAUUGCAACCACAUGCAAAUAGUCUCAACCUUAUAGCAUUUUAGUCAUGUCCCCCUGCCUUAUUCAUCAGGCAUCAGCUAUAAGCUUUUGCGUGUACCAUUUCCCAUCACAAAGUGGGUGUUUCAGAUGUCCUGUACUGCUAAUGAAAUUACUUUCAAUAUGUCGGCAAGUUUUCCAGUGGAAUUACUAUGCACUUCUUUUAUGGGAAAUGGGAGGUAGAAAGUGGAGAGAUGCACACAAGUAUUACUUCUUUAGUUGUCUGUCUGUACCAGCCUUGACUUACUUACUUUUAACCAAAAGAAUCAAAAAUCCCAUCCUUUCUACUUUUCUUAAUCUUUUAAUAAUUUUAAAGUCUUAAUUACAUUUUGUUGUUGUUUAUUUGCAAGUUUGCAUUUUAAAAAUGUUUAACUGUCUUAAUUUAGUAAUUAAAACAGAGCAUUUUA